AGUUGCCCAAAAAUCACUAUACUUUAACGUAAAAUAAUUUUGAAAAUGUUUUUGUUCAUUUUUAAUUCAUAUAAAUUGUUGAAAUGUGAUAGAAAGUAUUAAAAAGAAAACGCAAUAUAAAAAUUUGUUUUUGUUGUAGUUCGAUUCAUUUCACAAACAAAAUUAUGCGGUUAUAUCUAGCAAUACUUCGAAGCGUGACCCAUCCCACUAUCUACUUAAUAAUCGUUAAAGACAAGUGCAUAAUAGUUUCACAAUUACUUUAAUACACAUUGUGUAUUUACUAUUUGUUGGUUAUAUUUUACGAGGCAGUUUCUCUUUCUAUUUUUACACAUAAACCUACUUGACGUUAAUAAAUUCACUCAGUUGAACAGAAACUUUGUCAAUACAGAAUCUGUCGGUGGAUAGUCGAAAGUGAAACAGUUCGAAAAGAACAAUGGUGAGCCCGAAAUGUAACAGCGAUAAUUUUUUGUUUCUUUGUUAUUGAAUUGGAAAAUAACUUUGGGUCGGUACAAGGCAAGGUCGUUACUAAUAAUUUAAACAUUUCGUUCGUGUGUUUAUUGUUGAAUUAUUUUUUUUGUGUGUUGGUGUCACUCUUAAUUUCAAUGAAAAUAAAGUAGUGAAUACGAAAUCGAUUAAUGAUUUUAACACCUGACGCGAGUUAAUCUAGGUACAACAUGGCGAAACCUACCGAUGAAACAGAUCACGGAGAACCCAUUCCGUACGAUCCAGACUUUAAUGGUCCUCUUAGCAAAAGAUCGUGCACGGACGUACUUUGUUUUGCAAUUUUCAUAGUAUUUGUUGCUGCUUGGGCAGGGAUAGGUUUAUACGCAAUUUUAAAUGGAGAUCCCUCAACUUUAUUGGUUCCGAAAGAUUCCUCUGGACGUAGGUGUGGUAAAGACACAGAAGUAUUAGGUAAACCGUACUUAUUCUUCCACGACCUAACUCAAUGUAUUUCACCAACUGUAGCUUUUACAGGGUGUCCAACGCCACAGGUAUGUGUUCGUGCUUGUCCCACGGAAAUUUACGUUGAAGGAAAAAUAACAUAUGACAUAGAAGAAUAUUGCGUCGAUAACGUUUGUCCAAGCUGGAUAUUACCUAGUAAACCAUUUCAGAAACGGUGCAUUCCGACCUUAUCGAGUGUGAACGAGACCAUAAUAAAUUUAAUAACAAAUAAUGCAGACACAUUCCUGUCAAAAUUAAAACAGGCUAUUUCGAAUAUUAAGCUACUAUACGAAGCCGAAGAGGUUGGACAAAAUAUAGUUGAAGAUCUGGCAAAAUGUUGGUGGAAAAUUUUGAUUGGAGUAUUAGUGGCUAUGGCGGGAUGUAUAGUGUACGUAAUGAUACUGAGGUGGCUGGCAUCUCCUAUGGUGUGGCUAUCAAUAUUAGGAGUAAUCGUCGGUCUAGGUGCAGGAUUAUAUUUCUCGAUAGUGGCAUUAAUAGUCGCCCAAAAAUCUUACAACGAUCUUCAAACGAAUAGCUCGAAGUACGAGGAGGAUUUAUAUUAUCAGAAUAAACAAUUAAAAACUAAAAGAGAUUUAUGGUUAACGGGAGUAAUUGUUUUAUCUGUUGUACUACUUAUUAUUUUAUUGAUGCUAAUAUUUUUGAGAAAAAGGAUACUAUUAGCUAUAGCUCUCAUCAAAGAAGGAAGCAAAGCAGUAGGGUCGGUUACUGCGUCGUUAUUUUUUCCAAUAAUACCGUGGGUAUUACAAAUAGCAGUUAUCAGUUACUCCUUAUUGAUUGGAGUAUUUCUCGCUAGUACAGGACAACCUUUAUACAAAACUAGAUAUUACGACGAUACUAAUUGCGCUAAUUUAACCGGUAUAAGUGAUGAUACAGUAUGCGAUCCAACGACGUGGAGUACGAAUUAUUCAUCAUUAUGCCCGAACGCUUCUUGCAAAUUUAUAAAAAUGAACAACGAUGCUCUGUACCCUUAUUUACAAGCUUACAACAUUUUCGGUUUCUUCUGGUUAUUAUUCUUCGUAAUAGCUCUGGGACAAAUGGUAUUAGCAGGAGUAUUCGCCCAAUGGUACUGGACGUUCAAUAAACGUCGUUUACCCUUUUUCGCUGUAACUUCGGCGUUUUUAAGGACGUUAAGGUAUCAUAUCGGUACAUUGGCUUUCGGAUCAUUAAUAUUGGCGAUAUGUAGAAUGAUAAGGGUCGCUUUGGAAUAUUUGGAUCACAAAUUGAAGAAAUACGAUAACGCUUUCACCAAAGCCGUUAUGUGUUUGUUGAAGUGCUUCUUCUAUUGUUUGGAAAAGUUCCUGAAAUUUUUAAAUAAGAACGCUUACAUCAUGUGCGCCAUUCACGGUAAAAAUUUCUGCGUUAGUGCCAAAAACGCUUUCAUGUUACUUAUGAGGAAUAUACUUCGGGUCUGGGUACUGGAUAAGGUUACUGAUUUCCUUUUCUUUCUGAGUAAGGUGUUACUGACUUUAGCUGUCGGCGGAGUGUCUUACAUAUUCUUCGCUUCCGAAUUGCUUCCGACAUCAUUUAUCGAUAACUCUGAUUUGAAUUAUAAGAUAGUACCGGUCGUUUUAAUAAUGAUUUGCACUUAUUUGAUAGCGUCGUUGUUCUUCAGCGUCUAUUCUAUGGCGGUGGAUACUUUAUUUUUAUGUUUUUUGGAAGACUGCGAAAGGAAUGACGGAUCUGCCGAAAAGCCUUACUACAUGUCUCGAAAUCUAAUGAAAAUAUUCGACAAAAAAAAUAAAUUGGAUUAAAUUAUGUAUAAACCAAAAAAAAAA